UUAGAAUUUCUCCUUCACGGCUACAUAUUACACAAAAUCAAAGUGGGCAAAUAAAACCUCCUAUCUCGAUACAUCUGUCUGAAGGGACGAACGACCUGCUGACUAAUGUUCAUCAACCGCAGCAACAAAUGUCAACUUUGAGGCUAAACCACUGAACUAUAACAAAACCACUGAACUAUAAUAACUGAGGACCAAACAGGAGAAUGAAAAUUUUAACUAUCUUAAUGAUGAUAUCGAUCGGCCUUUUAUUACUUGCGACGAUCGUGAAGGGUGAUAUCAGCGAGAAAUUGAGGCAAGGCCAAGGUUUCGAGGGUCGUCCAAGCAACUUCCAAGGUCUUCAACCCCCAUUGUUCGGUGGAGCGGCUAAAGCAGGAUUGCCAAAUCUAAAAGCUUCUGGUGUUAGCAACAUCCCGAGGAUAGUAAUUCCAAGUCACCACGGCGACGAAAAUGAUGAGGACAAUUUAGAUAGGCUUUGCAACGAUCCUUUUCAUAGUUUUUUGUGCCUGCCUGUUGGCCCUAGGAAGCACAGACUUGAUGGUCGAUUGCGCCCGGGAGCCGUCCUUCCUCCAGGCAUGUUUCUAAGCGGAUCCAACUCUGAUUUUCGAGAAACCAAACAGCCAUUAACCAAGGGCGGCGGCUUGCUUUCCGAUGAAGUCGACGGUUAUCAAUAUCCAAAGCCGUCAAACAACAUUCCGUCAUUUUCUCCAACCUCUGGUUACAAUUAUCCGACACCACCGCCCCAUCAGCAACUCACACAGCCCCCAAAACAGAAUUCCGAGCAAGGCUAUGUAUAUAAAAAACCGGCGAAUCCGUUACCCUUACCAUCUCAACAGGUAACGACUAAGUCACCCCCUCCAGGACCGUCGUACCAAUAUUUACCAGCAGUAGAAACGCCAAAUAUAGACAUGAGGAUUUCAAGCCAGACAAUUCAAAAGCCUGAGAUUUUGCCGAACUCAUUCUCGAAUACAGCAAAAACUACAAAUAAUUUCCCUCAGCAAGUUCCUUUGAGAAAGUCAUCGUCAGUUUCGACUUUGAGGACUUAUCCAACUUAUAACUAUCCUACCACGACAUCUCGCCCUAGUACAUUUUCGACAUCACAAAGAACGACGUCUAGGCCAAGUGUGUUCACAACAUCGCGCCCCAGUGUGUUUUCAACUACACAAAGGACAACUCCUCCAAAUUUAUUCCAGACCACACAAAGAACAUAUACGUAUCAGAAACCUACGUUUCAAACGACACAGAAAACUCCAAAUUUCUUCUUUCAAGCUAAAUCACAAACAUUUGCACAACCGAAAUAUCCGACAAAUCGCAACAAUCUGAACGCUCCAGAUGCUACAAAUACAAUAAAAAGCACUUCUCUUCCCGCAACUUCAAAUCAGUAUUUGCCAUCUUUUAAUCCAGAUGCAAAGCCUACUAAUCAGUUCGAUGUAUCUUCUGUGCCCAAGCCUUCAAACGGAUACUUACCCGCUGUAGAAGGACAAAGUACUAAUUUGCAGCAGAAUGUGGAAGGUACUGCUUUGCUGGCCGAUGAAGUUGUACCAGCACCCAAACCGCUGAGAAAACAUGAAAGAAACCACACAUUAGAAGAACUUUGCAAUGACGCUUUUCACAGCUUUCUCUGCAAGCCUGUAACAAAGCAAAGAAAAAGGAUAGACGGCAGAAUAAGGCCCGGGGCAAAAAUUCCUCCACAUGUUUUAUUAGGAGCUGGAUCUGCUGAUCAAAAUUACAGAAAAUUACUUCCAAAUCAGCAGAGACAAGAAGGGCAGUCAUUUCUUUCGACGGAAAUUGACAAUAACGAACGACAUCCUGGAUAUCCAUAUCAAGUACCAAAAAUAUUUUUUGACUCUACGAACGUGAGAAAAGAAUACUCAUUUCCUGGCCAAUUCGGCAAUCAAUUUUUCACUGGAGCUGCGUCAGAUUCGCUAGCCCUUGCAAAGCAAUUUACCAACAGGAACAGCGUUCCUCAAAAUAUAAAACCCGUUUCUAAUAACUCUAGCACCAGCAAAAUAAAAAACAAAGGUUACUUUUAUCCAGCACCUUCAAACGUUGAAAAACCAAGUGUGAAUAAAGGAUAUAACUAUGAAAGGCCUAGUUCUACUAAGCCACAAUUCGCUGAAACGAAUCAAUUAAAUGAUGCAUAUGACAAUAAUCAAACAACUCACAAGCCGACAGAAAAUACUGUCGUUCCUGCAGCGUCAUUCCAAACAGAAAACAAAGGUUAUCUAUAUCCUAAACCCAGCCAGACAAAUGGGUAUUUUUAUCCAAAACCGGCUGCAGGGCCAGACCAGGCCACCUUUGAAUAUCCUUCAUCAACAACAACAACUACAACUACUACUACUACAACACUGAAACCUGAGCCGGUUCCGGCAGGAACAAGCCACGACGAAGCCACAGGGUAUAAUUAUCCAAAACCAUCUACUAGUUUUACUUUGCCGACAACGAAAAAACCGCAGGGUUACGUUUACAAUAAACCGGCAAAAGGGAGAGAGUUCACUCUGCCCCAAUUCAAACCGACGUCUUCGUCAGUACCAUUUGGCACUAGGCUGUCAAAAAUUGUCAAACAAGAAGAACUUCGCUUCCGUAACUCUAAGAGUUUCCAACUCCAAGAAUCAGUAAACGACGACUUACCACCGGCGAGUCAAUUCGAAAUUCUCAAACCUUAACAAAAUACAAACCACACUGUAAAUAAUUUAUCGUAUUUUUUUUUACUUUGUGAAUAUUUAUGUUAUCUUUUGUACCCCUUGUUAUACAAUAAAAUUAUGUUUCUUACUUUUU